AUGAGUGGAAGUCGAAUAUUGUAUAAUGUUCCAUGUUCAGUUUGUCACGACAAUUCAUCUGGCAAACAUUAUAGCGUAUAUGCAUGCGAUGGUUGUGCUGGCUUUUUCAAGCGGUCAGUACGGCGCAAUCGUAUUUAUCAUUGUAAAAAUCGAAAUAAAUGUGUUGUGGAUAAAUAUCGACGAAAUCAAUGUCGAGCUUGCCGUUAUCGACGAUGUCUUGAUGCAGGCAUGAAUAAAGAUGCUGUUCAAAAUGAACGCGGUCCUCGACAAUCCUUUCCCGAUCGACAUAUGCAUAUAACAGGCUCGUUUGGUGUUAAGCCAGAGUCAACAUAUGUUCCUACGGCAACACAAGUACCUUUGUCUAAUAAUCAUGUUCAAUCAACACCAUUAUUUAAACUUGAUUUAUAUGUUUAUGAAAUGGCUGCUCGUAUUCUUUUUUAUAUGGUUCAUUGGUUACGUUCAUUAAAAGAAUUUCAGAUGAUUAGCGUAAAAGAUCAGAUUGCUAGUCUUCUUCGUUGUUGGCAUGAGCUAUUUGUUUUAACUUUAUGUGAAUAUAAAUUUGAUGUACCAUGGAUAAAUUUAAUUCAUUCUGCGAACCGAUCAAAUGGCUUAGGAUUGAAUACAGAUGGAAUUGAUAUAAAAAAUCUAUAUUUAAUGCAAGAUAUUUAUAAUCGUAUUCAACAAAUGAAUCUUGAUUGUGUUGAAUAUUUUCAUUUGAAACUUUUAUUACUUUGUCGAUGGAUAGAUCCAAACAUGAAUAAUAAUAAUAAUAUGAAUGGACAUACUUUAUUUGGUGAUCAUCUGAUAGCAUUAGAAACUCACGUACGUCGUACAUAUCCACUUCAACUACAACGUUUCGAACAAUUAAAAUCUCUAUUAACUAAUUUACGGGCAGUUUCGUCACCAGAAAUUCAAAAUGUUUUCUUUAAAAAUGUUCUCGGAUAUUGUUCGAUCGAAUUAAUUCUACGAAAUUUAUAUGAAACAAUAACGGUAUCUUUGUAA